AAAUGUUGUUUUUUUCCCUUGUUUUUGAGAACAGUGAUAAAUGUUUAUUAUUAUUAGCAGUGAUAAACAAAGCUUAUAAAAGGGACUCUUGAAUUUGUUGUAGGAUCAUGUGCUUAAGUAUAGUUUAACCUUUUGCUUCUCUUAGCAAUAUAGAUUGCACCAUUACAGCGAUAGGUUCUUACGUACAGUGCAGAAAAAAAGGAUCAAAUAUGUCUAAACAAUAUUCAUCGGAGCAGAAGGUGCUAAUUGAAGGACUGAAGAAGCUUCUCAAUAGUGAGAAGGAUGAAUUAGACAACGAAGUUGCGUCAAAAAUUGAGAAGCUGAUUUCUGAGAUGCCAGAACACCAUCUUGAUCCAGUCCAGAGGAUUAAAAAUGGGUUUCAUUACUUCAUGAAAAACAAAUAUGACCCUGCAGUUAUAGAAGGUCAGCAGCCCAAGUUCCUGGUUUUUGCAUGCUCAGACUCUCGAGUUAGCCCUUCUCAUGUCCUGGAUUUCCAACCUGGUGAAGCCUUCAUGUUCCGCAACAUUGCGAACCUGGUUCCAGCAUUUAACCAGUUGAGGUACUCUGGAGUUGGAGCAGUCAUUGAAUAUGCUGUCAAAUAUUUAGAAGUGGAAAACAUCCUGAUCAUUGGACAUAGCCACUGUGGUGGGAUAGAUACACUUAUGAGUCUUCCAGAGGACGGUUCUACUUCCAAUGACUUCAUAGAUGAUUGGGUCAAAAUUGGUUUGCCUGCCAAAGCCAAGGUCCGAGCAGAGCAUCCAAAUCUCUCACAUGAAGAACAAUGCCAUAUUUGUGAAAAGGAAGCAGUGAAUCUGUCACUAGUAAACAUACAGAGCUACCCAUAUGUUAGGGCAGCAAUGGCAAAGGGAAAACUAGCACUGAGAGGUGGCUACUAUAACUUUGUUGAAGGAAUCUUUGAGCUUUGGGAAAUCAAGCAUCAAAUUACACACCCUACCAUAAUUAGAGGCUGAAGUCUCUUUGCCCUCUUGGUUUUAAUUUCUUGCUCUUUUGCUCUAUAAGCAUGCACGUACGUUUUGUUUGCCUCUGGUGUUUGCAAUAAUGGAAUUAUGAAAGUAAGCGUGGUGGUAAUGAUGAAGAUAAUAAUUUCGUAAUCAAUAAAGCCAGGCACAUAUUUGCUGGUUCAUUUUGGCAGCACCAUAGAUAAUCCUCUUAUUGGCAGUCAAGUGCCACAUUGCAAACAAUAUAUUUUUGCUAGGCAGAUGUCAUGUGGGUUUUUUACUUUGUUAUUUUUCCCAAUUCAAUAAUAUAUUUUUGCUUAUUUAAAAAAUAAAGUGGCCACGUUGCCCACAUUCUGUAAUGCUUCCAUGUUGUGUGGCAUCCAUGUGAAAUCUAUAGCUUAGUGGUGUUGGUUUAACUUCGCUUUAGUCCGGUGAUAAAGGUGAGACUAUUUUCACGUCCAGGUCCUGUUUUUGAGUCGUUCUUGUACUUUGUUCGUUCCUUUAAAGUCAAGUGUUCUUUGUAUUUC